AAAAUAUGGUACUAAUAAAACUACACACAGGCGCAUUUUAGUACAUGUCUACUGUAAAACAGCACAUAUCACAUCCCCUUUUUGUACCCUUUCUUUCUUUCUUUCUUUAGGGUUCAUUUACUCACUUUCUACACACCUUCAUCUUCAACUCAUUUUCUUGGGAUGACCUGCAGCUUGGUUUAAAAGUUUCAAGAUUUGUUCAAGAAAGUGCUUAUAAGGGAUGUCGAGUGGAAGCUAUACACACUGGUGCCACAGAUGCAGGCAGCCAAUUCGGCCUCGAGGGUCUAAUUGUCUUUGCCCAAAUUGUGGCGGAGGUUUCGUUGAAGAGCUCGAUGACGUGGUAGGUGCUAGAUCUAAUAAUAUUGAGGAUGAUCCUCAUUUUGGGUUAAUGGAUCCUUUCCCGGACCCAAGAUUUGGUAUAAUGGAUGCCCUUGCUGCGUUCAUGAGGCAGAGAAUGGCAGGAAGAAACCCUAAUUUUGACAUUAGGACAAGAUCCGGCAUUGUUCCCGGAAACGGGAGGGGAUUCGGUUCUGGUCCAUGGUUGAUAUUUCAUGGCCAAACUCCUGUUAGUAUGACAGAAAAUGAUGCAUUUGAGUACUUCUUCAAUGGAACCCCGGGAGGAAUGGGGCAGCACCGACGACCUAAUUUCGAUGAUUUGAUGGGGCCCGGGCUGCAACAGUUGAUUGAGCAGCUCAGUAUGAAUGAUAGGCAGGGCCCAGCUCCGGCACCUCGUUCUGCAAUAGAUGCUUUGCCUACUGUCAAGAUCACACAAAGGCACCUCAACACUGAUUCUCAGUGCCCGGUUUGUCAAGAUAACUUUGAAUUGGGUUCUGAUGUGAAGCAGAUGCCAUGUAAGCAUAUUUACCAUUCAGAUUGUAUCAUACCUUGGUUGGUUCGGCACAACUCGUGCCCUGUUUGCCGUCUUGAGCUGCCUUCCCGAGCUUCUGGGAGUGCCAGAACUGGAAACGUUAGCAGUGGAAGCAACAGUAGUAGCAGGGAAAACAGCGGUCAGAACCAGGGAAGGAGGAAUCCUUUUUCAUUUUUGUGGCCUUUUCGCUCAUCCAACCAAAACACUGGCAAUUACGCUGAGAGGGGAGGAGGAAGUAGCUCAACAGCACCCUAUGAAGAGAACAACGAAACAAAUUACCCUGCGUGGCGCUUUUAAAUAUUAAAUUUUCUUUCCAGCAUCUUGAAUUUUGCCUUUUGUUGAGUGCUAGAUCUUGAAAUUAAGUAUCCUAGAUGGAGUCAGAAGUGUUUUUACUAAGUUGUAAUAUGUGAUGGAAGAAGUUCUUGAAAAGGUGUAUAGGUGGGAAACAUCUUGAAAUGGUCUAAGGGACUUCUGUACAUGAUGUUCUCAAAAUGUAUCAUGAUACAUCUUCUGUUGAUAAUAAAUUUGCUUCUAGUUAGCAUA